GGCGGCACCUAUGGGAAGGCCUGUAAUCUGCCAGCAACCUAUGACAAAAUGGAAAACCGCAGGAGUGUGAGGAGACCUCAAAGUGGCACAUGGCAGAGUGGAAGCAAUGGGAGGCCGUACAGGGACCCAGGUCACACUGUGGGCCCAGCAGCAGCGUGACCAGGCGGUACGGGGGCCCAUGGCCGAUAUGGGGCCUGGCGGCACCUAUGGAAGGCCUGUAAUCUGCCAGCAACCUAUGACAAAAUGGACAACCGCAGGAGUGUGAGGAGAUUUCAAAGUGGCACAUGGCAGAGUGGAAGCAAUGGGAGGCCGUACAGGGACCCAGGUCACACUGUGGGCCAGCA